AUGGCGAGCCCCUCAACUCAUGCCACCACCUCAAGCGCAGAAAUGAGUAGUGAUCCCACCAGUAUCAAUGACGACGAAGGUUAUGAGAAUCAAAGCGAGUAUGAGGUUGUCAUGCCUAUCCCCACUAUUUUCAGCGCAGGAAACGGUGAGCCCGACACCUUGAUCUCUGACUUACUGGAUGGGAGCGGCAUCUCUGCUCCCAGUCUUGUGCAGAUCAUGGCGAGAGUCAGCGAACAGUGCCUGCGAUUCACUUUGAAGAACCAAAAGCCUAGCGAAAAAGGCAGGCUGAAUCGCAAUAAUCUUGUCAAGCUAGCCGUCUGCCUAGCGAAGCCUUUGGAAAGAACGCGCCACAAAGAGUCCUUCACAUUUCUCGAGCUUCAACUACGGGCAUUUUGUAGUGUCUUGGCGCUACUCCAUUUUAAAGGAGUGUACUCGUUGGUAUCAGACGAUUACAACAGCAUUGAAGGCAGCCUGCCCAUGCUCUACAGCACGAUUGUUCGCCUGCCCUCUCAUUCGAGGAAUGCUGGGGAAGGUUCGGACACCAUACGCCAAAGCAGCAACAUCUAUCUCGUACAACUAGCCCGACAGUAUUUCUCGAUUUUCAGGAAAGAAAAUGAUCCCUCGCGCGAGUCAUGGGAGCCCGUGCAAAAGAUUGUAUAUGGUACGCUCUCCAUUGCUGGAGGACAGUAUGGGAGCAUCCGGCAAGUCGUCGAUGGCACUUGGGAGUUGGCAAACGUCUGGAGACGGCACAAUCCGCAACAGCACGGCAUCUGCAGCCUUCAAGAGCACGUGCGUCGUAUCCAUCAGAUCUUGGUAUGGAAAGAAGGACUUGAAGAUUAUCCCGGUGAAGCUGCAUCCGACAUCCUUUCAAAGACACUCGAACAAGUGUCAAUCCUCUUCAAGACAGAUUUUCGGCAAAUCCCGACGGCCCUCAACAAUCGGCACAAGCAGCGAGCAGGGCUGAAGCAAUUGCCUCCUUUGAUUCAAAAAGACACUUAUUUCCUUGGACUCUUGGACAUUCUCGCACAAUUGUGCGUAUUCAUAGAUAUACGAUAUCUUUCACCGUAUCUGAAUUCAAGGCUGGAAAGUGUCGUAUUUGAUACGAAGGUAGAGGAAUAUCGCUCCUUUGCUCUUCGAGCUCUUCUCUCGUGUGCUUCAACCCGACAAAUGACUUACGAACGACUUCGACACAUUCUUACAAAUUUGCCGGACGAUCGAGAAGACUGGACUCAUAUUGGGAGCGACAUAGAGCUCAUUCGGAAGCUUCUAGAUGACGAUGAGGAUAGCGGUAUCCGGCAUCACAACUAUUUAACGAUUUCAACUCGAGCAGAUCUUACCGGAACGCCUGUAUCAUCCCCUCCCAGAAUGGAUAGUAUUUCGACAAUUCAAACUAACAUGUCGUCACCCGCGGGCAUUGCAACGAUUGCAACUGGUCCCGGCGCCUGGAGAGAGCAACGAAUCUACCCAUCUAUCACCAACCAAUCCGUAUGUAGCCGGUUUACAAUCGAUCGCAGUAUCGGGGAAAAAGCGCCCAACGUCGGCAUAUCUACAUGCUGUGAUUUCGUAUUCUUCUACUCGAAAAGUCGAGUGAGGGUGAUGAGGACUGAUCAUCGGCCCAAUAUCACUCACCUAAAUAAGGACUAUGCGAAUGGACUGAUCAAAAAAGUUACCAUUGGUAGAUGUUUCAUGGUCAUUGAUGUAGCUCAUAAGGGCUCUCACACUGUCUCAGCCUAUCAUUGUGAAGACGGAUUUGAAGUAUUUGCUGAUGAAUUUCGGGGCCGCGAUGCGAAGGACGUCGCAAUUUUAGAAGCUGAUAAUGUCACCUACAUCGUCGUUGCACACGUCGGCGGUCGAAACGAACGUGGGUUCUUGGGAGAGCUUCUGGUCUAUCGACUUGUAGAUCGCGAAACGCCCUCGCCUAAAGUAAUUACCGUUCCUCGAGACGAAUUCAUUAAGUCUUUAUCUCUCGACUCACAAGCCACCUACAUCACGGCUGUUACAAAUCGCAAUCACCUGAUAGCGUGGAGACUCGAGGAUGUCGACAGCGAGGACAUUCCUGCCUUCGAGUACCGGGGUCGUACAUACACUGACAACGGCGUCACCUCAGUAUCCACCUUCCAGCCCACCAACUCUGCCAACACCUACGCCUUCACCACCACCUUCCCCACCAAUGAGCGCUCACGCGCAAGCCAUCGGGAAUGGUCCUACCUCACCCCCCUCACAGAACCCCAAACCCAACCAAAAGCAACACUCAUCCGCAACUUCGAGCAUUUCCCAGACAGCAACGGCCUACUGGGCGGCUGCGUCUCGAAUUCCGCCAACGUCUUCGUCAUUCUCAGCAAUCGUAAUCGGGGAAGGGAGGUGGAAGUGUAUUAUCAGCAGCUGAAAGCGCAUACUGAAGGCGGCAUUAUAGGUGGGGCGGAGGGGCUGAGGAAGUUGCCUUUUGUGCUACAUGGGAUGGACAAGAGGAGCUCGGCUUGUGCGGUAAGGUUCAAUCCCGAGGGAACGCAUUUGUAUGCUGUGGAUUACAAAGGGCAUUGCUAUGUCACGGAGUUUCGAAGAGCUUGA